AUGCGGUUACCUUAUGUGGGCCUCGGAGUACUAACUCUUUACUUGUUGAGAUCGCCAUUGAUUAGUGCCAUUGAAGAACAGGAUUCUAAAGUUGUGGAGCCUGCGCAAUAUGAAGAUUUGAAUUUUUUGAACGAGGUUUUGGAUUUCGUUCAGUCAAAGAACCAUGUUGAAGCUCAAGCGGACAGUAGUACCGUUGUGUCUGAAGAGGCAGCCACGGGCGUCAGUGUGGGAAACUCAAGUGAAGACAUAGCAAAUAGUCUAGAAGACUUACAAAGAACUGAGGAAGAAGAUACUGAAUUCAGUAUUGAGGCUUUCAAUCCGAAUGAGAUUCCAGACGAGUUAGGAGUAGCAGCUGCUUUUGUUGAGGUGAAUGGUGAGGAUUCUCAAAGGGAGUCAAUAGAGAUUCAAGCAAGUAACGCCGAUGAGGGAGAGGUUAUCACUGAAGCUGAUCUUGGUGAGGAGUCGGUUCUGAAGCAAAAUAUUCAUCUUGAUGCAGGUGUUCAUCUUAACAUCAUUGCCGAUGAUGGUGAUUGUGAAGAAGAGGAACAAGAUGACGAUGAUUGUGAAGAAGAGGAGGAAGAUGAUUGUAAAGGAGGGUUCUGGUUUUGGCCAUUUGCCUCAGAGACAAAUGAAGAAACCCCUUCUUAUGAAGAAAAUGGUUUUGUUAACUACGAAGAUACUUUUGGAAGCUCUUCCUUGGAUGAAGACAAAAAUCUGGGCUCACUAAUUGAAAAGCAGCAAAAAGGGCAUCUGAAAGUUCAAGUAUCUUCCGGGAUUGUUCUUGGGAAAGCAGCUCCUGAGUCUCAUGGUUUAUUUGCUUCUGAAAAACAACAGCCCGAAACGGUCAAAGAAUCGACUAUAGCCUUGUUGCCUAACGGUACAUAUACUAAGAAGAAGAGGAAGGUAGUUCUUAAGAAAAUCAAACAACCAAGAAAUGCAACAAAUGCAUCACCACCCAUCAACAGACCCCAACCACGAACCAAAGCUAGCGAUUACUAUACCGACUCUCUCGGAGCAAAAGUCCCAAUCAUAUCAAUUUGGUCAGUUAUUAUCGGACUUAUAAUAGUUUCAAUUGUUUCUAAUUAA